CUUAUGACAUACCAGACAGGAUACUGUGAAUCCGGCCAGCAUUAUGUAAACUGUCCACCCAAACUGCUGAAUAGUUAAACCAUAGAUGAAUCCGAUCACCUGCAGGGUAAAGAGAGGGGACAGGUCAGAGUAUUAGAGCAGUGAAUGGUCGUAUGAGCUGUGGCGUGUUCCCCGUCCUCCCAGCAGAGCAAGGCUGAAGGGUACCUGGACUUGUUGAUGUUGAGUUGGCGUUUUGGAUGAAGAGCCAAACAGAGUGUAAUCACUACAACAAAUAAGAAUUGAACAACUGAAGUGCUUUUGAUCAAGUGCAAUGACCGUCCGGCGAGUGAACGUGCUCAUUCUUGUGCUGCUUGCCAUUGCCUUUUUAAUCAUUGUACAUCGAAAUCUGCUGAACCUCAAUGAUUUCCUGAAGCAAGAGAAUCCAGAGAAAGUGCCUGGGAUGAUACUGCCAUUUGAGACUGAUUUCCUAUUCGAUAACAAGGUCAUCAGGACAGGCGAUGAGAUUCCAGUGCUCAUCACUGCUCCAGAGGAGAGACUGGGCGCUGCGCUCGCUGCUAUGAACAGCAUCUACCACAAUAGCAAAGCCAACAUAGUGUUCAACAUUGUAACUCUAAAUGAAUCUGUGGGUCAUAUCAGAACGUGGCUGAGUAAGACUGAUAUGAAACAUAAGAUCAUCGUAUUUGAUCCGAAGAUUCUUGCAGGAAAGAUUUCUGAAGAUCCUCAGAAGAUGGAGGCAUUGAAGCCGUUGAACUUUGCCAGAUUCUACAUGCCAUUGUUCUUGCCUGAUGCAGAGAAGGCUGUUUACCUAGACGAUGACAUAAUUGUACAAGGAGAUAUCCGGGAGCUUUUUGACACCAAUCUUAAGUUAGGACACGCAGCUGCCUUCUCAGAAGAUUGUGAUUCUGCCUCCUCCAAAGGCAUCAUCAGAGGAGCCGGAAAUCAGAACAGCUAUAUUGGCUUUCUGAACUUCAAGAAAGAGGCAAUCAAGAAGCUUGGAAUGAGAGCAAGCACUUGCUCAUUCAAUCCUGGAGUCAUUGUGGCCAAUUUAACCGAGUGGAAACAGCAGAAUAUCACCAGCCAGCUUGAGUUCUGGAUGGAGCGCAAUGCAAAGGAGGACCUUUACAGUAAGACUUUAGCAGACAGCAUCACAACGCCACCUUUGCUCAUUGUAUUUUACAAGCAUCACUCAAGCAUUGAUCCCAUGUGGCAUGUCCGACACCUCGGGGCAACUGGCGCAGGGAAUCGGUAUUCUCCUCAGUUUGUUAAGGCUGCCAAACUUCUCCAUUGGAAUGGACAUUAUAAACCAUGGGGCAGGACCUCAUCUUUCUCUGAUAUUUGGGACAGGUGGUACAUUCCAGAUCCCACAGGUAAAUUCCACCCAAUCCGGAGACACACCGAGGACAAAUAGACUGGUUU